AAACAAUUCGAUCGAAAAGGAAGAUUCCCUGCGAGCCUUAUUGCAUUUGAUACACUACAUUGGUAGUGAAUAUCAGCGUUUUCGUCAGCGUUUAUAUAUCACGUAAUAAAAAUGCUUCUGCGUAGGGUGUUUGCUGCCGGUAUUCCACGAUCGUUGUCCACUGUUACAAUGCCUGAACAGUUGGUCACAUCGGAGAGAGUCUCCGACGUAUUAAACCAUCCGGACUAUUUUGAUGUUCAUAAGCUGUUCACUGUUGAGGAUCUGUUCAAAGCUCGAGUACAUCUAGGCCACAAGGAAGGUACGCUGAACAACAAUAUGAAAGGUUAUUUGUUCGGUAGCCGUUUGGGCCAUUGCAUUAUCGAUCUGGAUAAAACGGUGGAGCAUCUACGCACAGCCCUAAACGUCGCAGCCCACAUUGCGUAUCGGGAUGGAAUUAUUUUGUUCUUCAAUCGAAACGCUCUCAACGCACACAUGGUGGAACAAACGGCCAAUGACUGUGGCGAAUUUGCGCACACACGUUAUUGGCGGGGUGGUGUGUUUACCAAUGCGAAGGUUCAGUUUGGAGCUGUGACGCGAUUACCGGAUUUGUGCAUAUUUUUAAACACCAUGAACAACGUUCUCGAUAUGCACACGGCCGUGCGUGAUGCAGCCAAGAUGAAUAUUCCAACGAUCGGAAUCGUAGAUACGAAUUGUAAUCCAAAUCUGAUCACUUAUCCUGUACCCGGCAACGACGACACUCCGGCUGCGAUCGAGUUGUAUUGCAAACUGUUCAAAAAAGCCAUUCUCCUGGGAAAGGAGAAACGAAAGGCCCACGCCGCAAGCACAGCACAGUGAAGUAGCUUUUGGAAAACUUUUGUUACUAAACGAUUAAAUAGAUUAAAAGUUAGCCUUUAAAGAUAGAAAAAACGAGAUUUUAAA